AUACUGAGAGAGGAGAGAGCGGGCUGUUGAGGGCAGUAGGCAAGAGAGAGUCAGAGAGUGAGAGUGGAGUCGUUUUGCUGUGGCUCCUCAGUAAACCCAAGUUGGAGACAGAGGGCAUUGUAUUGACAGCAGCAUGAUCCUUAUCACAUUUGGACUCUAUCUUCCACUAUUGUUUUGUUAUGUCUUGUCUCAGUCCUCUUUCCUGGACAAUAUUCUCUCAUUCCCAGCAGCUCUCCAACAACAACCUGCCGUGGACCAGCAGAGGAAAUUCAACCCCUGCUGUUUACUGAGUCCACCCCCGCCCCCCCUAUUCCCUCCUCCUCCCUCACUGUGGCACCCCGGUGGUCAUAAUGAGGAGACCAGUAAGGGAGGUGAUCACAGACCAGAUCCAGAUACAGGGACGGAGCUGAAAGGGCCCAGCUGUGUCCCAGGCCCCCCUGGCCCCAACGGACCCCCCGGUCCUCAGGGUCCAGCUGGGCUACCAGGUCUGACGGGACCAAAAGGUGAAAAGGGAGAACUGGGACGACCUGGACAAAAGGGUCGGACGGGGCCUCCAGGUCUCCCGGGGCGCCAGGGACCAGCCGGGUGGCCAGGACCAAAUGGGCCCAAGGGGGAGAAGGGAGAUGGUGGAUUGAUGGGAAUACCUGGAGCAAGAGGACCUCUUGGACCUAAGGGUUUACCUGGAUACAAAGGAGAAAAGGGUUCCCGUGGUGACCGUAGUGAGAGAGGGAUGAAGGGAGACAAGGGCACAAUGGGCUUCCCUGGAAUGCUUGGACAGAAAGGGGAAAUGGGUCCAAAGGGAGAACCUGGAAUCUCAGGGAAUAGAGGACCGACGGGCAGACCAGGGAAGAGGGGCAAACAGGGAGGGAAGGGCGACAAUGGGAUUAUUGGCCCUCUAGGUCCAGCAGGUCCUCAGGGGCCCCCAGGCCACCCUGGUCCCCCAGGUCUCCCAGCCUCAGGACUCUACGUGGUUGGAACGAAAGGUGAGAGGGGGCUACCAGGUCUUCCUGGACCUUGCAGCUGUAACUCCAUUAGUGUGAAGAGUCCACAGUUUGAUGAACAUAGUUCCAGGAGUGACUAUGCCAAAGUGCCAGCGAUAUUUGUGGUAAACAGUCAAGAAGAACUAGAUGGUCUUCAUACGGACAAUGCCCUAGCCUUCCGGAAAGACCAGAGGUCGCUUUACUUCAAAGACACCAGCGGAUGGCUGCCCAUUCAGACUUCUUUCUUCCAGCUGACGCCGUUCCAGUCUACGGAGAACGCUCCGGAACAGGAGGGUUACUGUGGCGACGGGAUCGUUCAGAUCCCCAAUGGGGAGCAAUGUGACGACGGGAAUAGGAUUGUCACCGACGGCUGCGUCAAGUGUAAACAUGCUUCCUGUGGAGAUGGUUAUCGCUACGACGGGGCCGAGGAAUGUGAUGGAAAGGACUUUGGCUAUCAGACAUGCAACUCAUAUCUCCCAGGGUCUUAUGGUCGUCUCAGAUGCACUCCGUACUGUGUCAUUGACUCUACAAACUGCAAGUAUUUCACAUGAGGAGGAACCUGGACACAGCAGUGGGAUCCUUCUUGUCUCGUUUGCUUUGGUACUGAACAGGAGGACGUUAAUGCAAAUAAAAGAUCAACAACAACACU